AUGACCACUUCGUUCGAAAACUGCAAAUCGGGGACCUUCUAUGGUUUGGGUGGAGACCAAAACAAAUUCCAGCCGGGCGAGACAGUUCUGCUCCAAUGGGGGGCUUAUGACGAUCUAUCCACGCCGCUGAACGUCUCCCUCUCCCGAUGGGGUGGUGCUCUGGUCGGUGACAUACUCGAGGGCGCUUUGUUCAGCCUAGGGGGCUCAAUAUACCGCACAACCAAUUACUCCUCGUCCAACUGUAUCCUAGACCAGUACAACUGGACGAUCCCGUUAUCAUUCAACACGACCGAUCCCCAGUACCUAAUAGGACUUUUCAACGCGUCGACUGUACGUGGUAUGGAUGGGAACGAUCUCUGGGGAUUUAUGGGCUGGAGUCCAAUCUUCUAUGUUGAACCAACGACGACAACGACGACGACGACGACGACUACAGCUGCUGGGACGACGACGACGACGACGACUACUGCUGCUGGGACGACAACGACAACGGCAGCGGUAGCGGCAGGGGCAGCGACAGCGACAGCGGCCAAACCAGAUGCAAAUAAUAACCCGGCUGCCACGACAACAUCGUCGGCCUCAUCUUCGCCGACAUCAUCCUCAGAUUCGGCAGGUUUGUCAGGAGGAACCAAAGCUGGAAUUGGUGUGGGCGUGGCACUCGGUGUGCUUGCGCUGGUAGGGGUGUUCAUAUUCAUAUUUUUCCGACGAAGGAGGGCGGCCGGAUAUACAAACACAGAGACCCAAAAAUCACCAGUCGAAAUAGGUGGGGCAUGGGACGUCAAGGCACCAAAACAACCCAUACAGGUGCACGAAAUGGACGGCAGGGGUGUUAGUGAGCUACAGGAGCAUGAUAGGGGACAUAUUCCCAGAUACAAGUGA